AUGAACUUGGAUGAAUUGGCAUCAACCUUGAGACUCUCAUUCCCAUCUCUUCAAGAAAAACUUAGCUCAAAUGCAUUCUUGAAGGGUAAACAGGUAGAAAAAACAAUUAACAUUGCAGUAGACAUACUUGAGAAUUACCACUUGCAAUCAAAAGAAAGAAUAUGGGUACUUGCUGUGUUGACACAUCUCCAAGAAUAUCUACCUAAGGGUGAUUUGAAGCCAAUAGAAACAGACAUGAACAAGGGACCCAUAAGGAAUGCUGCCCUCCAGCUUCAUCUGACAAAGGGAUUAAAUCUUGUUGGAGCCAGUCAGGAGUUAUGGAACUCAAAAGAAGGCCCCAAACUUUUGGAUAUUGAUUUGUCCCUGUCAGAGGCACUCUCAAAGUUUAAAAUCAUAAAAUGGAUCACAACGCAAUUCAAGACAGAUGAAGCCUCAAAAUCAUCGAACUUCAUGGUUGAGACUCAUGAUAUUCUACUUCAGGAACGCUGUCCAAUGCAAGAAGAAAUAUUGCAACCACUUUUGUCAAGAUGUUCACAACAUUUAGAAGAACAAGAUACAACACCAUGGGACAAAGAACUAGCUUACAUAAUACUCCAUAAAUAUGGAAAAAUCUAUCCUGCAGUCAGAGAUUUUGUAAGGUUUAAAAAAUCACAAAAUGAGUGCUUCAAGAAGACAUAUGACUACAAAGAACUACCAAAUCUCAUAUAUCAGGCAAGUAAGGAUCUUGGGCCUUUUGAAAUUCCAAUGAAAAUCUUUCUCAAGGAAAAGAGUAUAAACAUGGAUAGUAUCAAACAUGUAAUUGAGUCUAUAUUCAGGACUAAACACCAGUAUCAAAGAUGGGAAACUGCUGAAUCUGAACAGCUGGCUAAUCAGGAAGAUUCAGUGAUCCGCCUACUACAAUACAUCACCACCCAAAUUGAUGGUGCCAAGUCAUACCUUGAAGAGCAGCUCGAAUUGAUCUGGCUCCGGUCCAGAGCAGCUCGAAUUGAUCUGGCUCCGGUCCAGAUCAAUCCACGUUGGUCUGGCUCCGAUCCAGAUCAGGUCAAGUUGAUCUGA